UGUGUCAAAUGGUUUGACGUGACGUGACGUACAUCCAUAACCAUAGCGCUCGUGUUGUUAUUUACUGUGAAGAUUUAUUUGUGAACGUGAGAAACGGAAUAAUUUUGCACGAAAACAAAAUAAUCUAAAGGUUUUGUGGCUUUUAAAAGACACUUAAUUUACCAAAAUGACUACGAGACCAGAAGAUCACCGAAGAAAAUGGGACAAAGACGAAUUCGAAAGAAUCGCUGCAGAUCGCUUAAAAGCUGAAAUAGAAGAAGAAGAACGAGCGAAGAAAAAAGCCCCGCCUGUUAAAAGAGAGCUUCUCAAACAACGAGACUACAAGGUUGACUUAGAUUCUAAGCUUGGCAAAAGUGUUGUGAUCACAAAGAAUACACCUACCUCACAGUCCGGAGGAUACUACUGCAAUGUCUGCGAUUGUGUUGUCAAAGAUUCUAUCAACUUCCUGGACCAUAUCAAUGGAAAGAAACAUCAGAGGAAUCUUGGCAUGUCCAUGAAAAUUGAGAGGAGUUCAUUAGAUCAGGUCAAAGCUCGUUUUGCAAUGAACAAACGUAAAUUAGAAGAGAAAAAACGUGAAUAUGAACUCGACACUAGACGAAGGGAAGCAGCGGAAGAAGAAGCGAGGAUCAAGGAGCAACGUCGUGAAAGACGCAGGGACAAGAAACGCAAGCUCAUGGAAUCGGAGGAACCAGAAGACAGUCCAGCACAGUCGGAACUUGCCCAAAUAAUGGCUGACUUCGACAGUAUUGAAGACAUACAUCGAGAGAAAAGGCAGUUGGAAAAUUUUGACGAUGAAUACCCCACAGCAUCGAGCCAGCACGAGGAGGAGGAGCCAGGGUUCUGGGACAGGAUUGUGAAAGUAGCACUAAAGUUAUUCAGUAAAUUUGUAGAAUGGUUGAAUUCAUAACAUCGUGGAAAACUCUAUAAUAAGUCUAUAAGUAUAAGCAGUAAAAAUAUUUAAAUUAUGAAUCCUU